AUCCCGUUUGAGUAUAUGUAUCAUAUAUAGUUUACCCUAGAAAGAUGGGUUCAAAGACAAAGAUAGCGUUACUUAUCCCAGGUCUGUUGGCCAUGUUCAUUUCGAUUUCCCCAAAGGUGGCAAUGGCAGCUAGGAAUUUUGAAGAGGAAAAAUCUGUUGAAGAGAGAAAUGAAGCGGGUGAUGGCAGAUUAGUAAAUGAUGUUAAAAUCCCAGACAUAGUUAAUAGAGGUUUUGGUGGCAUUACAGGCACUGGCAUCCCUGGCACUGUUGGGAUAAUCCCAGGCACUGUCGGUAGCAUCCCAGGAAUUGGUGGUAUAUUCCCAGAUAUUAUCGGUAUCAUCCCAGGUAUUAUCAGUGGCAUCUCGGGUAUCAUCCCAGGUAUUAAUGGUUUCCUCCCAGGUAGCGGCGGUGGCAUCCCAGGCAUCGGCAGCGGUGGCAUCCCAGGUUUCGGCAGUGGCAUCUCAGGCACCGGCGGCGGUGGCAUCCCGGGUACCAGUGGUGGCAUCGGAGGCAUCAGAGGUGGUAUCCCAGGCAUCGGUGGUGGCAUCUAUAGUGGUGGCUAUCCAGGUCAAAGAGGAUAUAGAGGAGGAUUUCGUUGCCCUUAUGGCUGUUGUGUUUGGACUGAUGGAUAUUGCACAAGUUGCUGCACGAUCUGAGGAUUUCACCCACAAAUAAGAUAAGACAGUGUAGUUCUAUUUUUUUUUUUUUUCUUUAAUCAGCCAAAUAAAUUUUAUAUAAUGUGCAGUUCUAAGUACUUCAUAUUCUAUGAUUAAAAUUUCUUGUUGUGUGCGAGAGGCAUGAUGGAGAACAAGGAGCCUUGUGUUUUCCUCUAACCUUUCUUAUCAUAUGGAUAUUUCACAAUUAAAAUCAUGUUUAAUAAUUUGUAGUAUUGUUAUAAGUUUUACCUCAGACUGAAAUAUUAUGUAGUU